CUGGGAUGGGAUCUGUGGGGCUGGGACACAAUUCCAUGGGUCUCUGUGGGUUCAAUCCCCCCAGGUCUCCACACCAUACAGCGAGUUUCCGGCUGUGACCUCCUGUCUGAUGGGAGCGUCCGUGGAUCCUGGCGGUACGGCUACGACGGGCGGGAUUUCAUCUCCUUCGAGCUGGGAUCCAAGAACUUCGUGGCGGCCGACGACGCUGCUGAGAUCACCCGGAGGCGCUGGGAAGAUGAGAAUGAGGUUGAGAGGCGGGAGAAUUACCAGGGACACGUCUGCCCGGAAUGGCUCCGGAAAUAUGUUGGAUACGGGCGGAAAGAGCUGGAGCGCAAAGUGGUCCCUGACGUCCACGUGUCCGGAAAAGAGGAACAUGGGACACUGAUCCUAUCCUGCCACGUGUACGGAUUCUAUCCCAACACCAUCACAGUCAACUGGAUGAAGGGGGGUGAAAUCUGGGAUCAGGAGACGGAGUGGGGCGGGAUCGUUCCCAACAGCGAUGGCACCUUCCACACCUGGGCCAGGAUCGAGGCGCUGCCGGAGGAGUGGGAGCAGUACCGGUGCCGGGUGGAGCAUCCCGGAAUGCUGGAGCCCGGGAUCUUCGCUUGGGAGCCGACAUCUGGCGGGAAUCUCGCUGUGGUGAUCGCUGUGUCCGUCAUCGCCAUCCUCGUCCUUGUCCUCAUUGGAUUCGGUGUCUGGAGGCUCCAAUCCGGGAGGAGGGACGGGAAUGGAUACAGCCCGCCAGCCGGAAGGGACAUGGAAAUGAAUGGCUGAACCACACUUACGGAGCGGGAUUGGGGAAUCACCACCGGAGCAAUCCACAGAGCUGGAUACAGCCCUUUCCCUCUUCCCAGGAAUGCUGAGAGCUGCCAGCAGAGCUCAUCCCACUGCUGCCACCCACCCCACAGCUCUUGCUAACAGAUCGAUUUCCUGUUUU